GGAAACGCCAUCCCCCCAUCCGCGCCCUCCUUCCCGAGACGACUUUGGAAACAUUCACGAGUUCUGACAUAGGCUACCUCAUCAAUUGUAACUGUCUUAGCAUCAUAUCGGUGCCAUAUCUCCCGCCUAGUUUUGGACACUCCAGGCGUCAAUGACGGGGUAGACAGAAUACCUCGUGAGCUGCCAAGAUGCCUGUCCCCUUUCUGGGGCGCCUCAACGUCACCGAAUAUGCUGCCCUCGUCGGAUCCUUCCUUCUCGUAGGCCUUGAGGCCUUCGUCCGCAUUUUCACGCUCGCGCUACCGCCGUGGCUACUCGACCUAUGCUACAGGAUAUCCCGUCGCUUGUUUAAUAAGUUGACCAGUCCUGCGCAGAAGAGGGCAGAGCGGAGAAGGAGGUCCAUCUCCACGACGAUCCGGAACGCUUCUGAUUUUGUCGACCUCUGCGCUGCCUUUGGAUACACAGCUGAGGAACACAUCGUGCAGACCAAGGAUGGGUACUUGCUGGGACUCCACCGGCUGGCGUGGAAGAAGGGGGAGGAGCAUGUCCGAGCGAACCGCGGCCCCAAGAGCGUCAAGAAAAGGGUCGUCUACCUACAUCAUGGGCUCCUGAUGAACAGCGAGGUCUGGGUCUGCCUGACCGACGAGCAGCGGACCUUGCCGUUCCGCCUGGUCGAGAAGGGAUUUGAUGUCUGGUUUGGAAACAACCGCGGCAACAAGUACUCCAAGAAGUCCAUCCAUUCGUCGCCUAACUCCGUCAAAUUCUGGAACUUCUCCAUCGAUGAGUUCGCCUUCCACGACAUUCCCGACAGCAUCAACUACAUCCUCGAGACCACUGGCCAGGAGUCGCUAUCCUACAUCGGGUUCUCCCAAGGCACUGCUCAGGCCUUUGCAAGCCUGGCGGUCCACCCGAGGCUCAACGAUCAAAUCAAUGUCUUCAUCGCUCUCGCUCCCGCCAUGUCCCCGGCCGGCCUCUCCAACGGGGUGGUUGACGCGCUCGUCAAAGCCUCCCCGCAGGUCCUUUUCCUGCUCUUUGGCCGCCGCUCCAUCCUCAGCUCCGCCACCAUGUGGGAGUCUCUGCUCUACCCGCCGCUCUUUGCCAAGCUCAUCGAUCUGGGUCUGUCCUUCCUCUUCAACUGGCGCACCCAUAACAUCAGCAUGUCCCAGAAGCUCGCCGCCUACCCUCACCUCUACUCCUUCACCAGCACCAAGUCGGUCGUCCACUGGUUCCAGAUCAUCCGCACCAAGUCAUUCCAGAUGUACGACGACGACGUCCCACCCUUAUCCCCCUUCUCCUCGGCCGGCAGCAGGAAGUACACCAAGGUGGCUAGGUACCCGACCCGCAACAUCCGCACGCCCAUCGUGCUCGUCUACGGCGGCAGCGACUCGCUCGUCGACAUCAAGGCCAUGCUGCGCGAGCUGCCGCCCCAGACCAUCGCCGCCGAGAUACCCCACUACGAGCAUCUCGACUUCCUGUGGGCACGCGACGUGCACGAGCAGGUCUUCAGGCACGUCUUUGACGCGCUCGAGAGCUUCACGGGGCCGGAGCACACACGCGAGGAGUACGCGCGGUAUCAGUUAGCCAGGCAGAAUUCGGAUUUGGCGGCACGCGCGGGUGCGAGUGGCGGCGGGCACGGUGGUAGUGCCGUCGGGAAGAACACGCGGGCGCAUGUGGCAAGAGGAAGCGACGUGGCGGAUAGCGACGUCAGCACGGCCGUGGGCGGGUGUAGCACCCAUGAGGAGGAAGAGGAGGAGGAGGAGGAAGAGGAGGAGGAUGACGAAGAGAACGAGAGCGAGGUGGGCGGUGGCACUACCUUAGCAGGCAGAGCUGCCGGGGCCAGGGUCGGAGCGGGUACGGAGACAGGGGACAGCUCCGGCUCGCCCCUGCGAUCGCCUAGCCAUGCCGGCGGGCAGAGCCCGUUGAGGGCCGUCGCCCCGCGACUGGGCGACGCGCCGCCGGUGGCGGAUGCGAACGUCGCUGUGGAGCGGCCGGAGGAUGCCGCGCCCCCGGCCGCGGCGAGCUUACCGCGCGUCACGGUGGCGGCACCCCUCGUUUCCCAGAAGGGGAGCAGUCAGCUGAGUCCGGAUUCGAUGAGGGACGGGAAGGGCAUCAGUCUGGGGGCUAGUAUGUGAUCACUGCAAGCCGGCUGCCUGCUUUCAUCUCUGGCCAUUUGUUUUGUUCUGUCUAUUUUUUCUAGUCUGUUUGGGGUGAAUAUAUUUACUGACUCUGUCUGAAUCGUGACAGGCAAAGCGGUGGGCGGCGUGACUACCGGGGGGGUUGAGGUCGGCAGAUUGAAGGGAUCGUCAGGAGGUGCGGCCGCGGCCGCGGCCGUCAGGAGCCCUGCCGGCGCCCGGAGGCAUUCUGUCCGUGCCAAGAAGUAGAGAGUCGAAUGGAGGGAGGGACUGGGUGUUUUGAGACCUGU